ACAUCGCCGCGGAGGCAGCGAGAGGGACUGACAGCGCGGUGCAGGCGCUGAGGAGCGCAGGGAGCAGUGCCGGUUCCUCCGGCCGGCGUCUGCGAGGACAGCGGCGUCCGACCCACUCGGGUUCGGGAAUUCACACAGACGUGGAGCAAUGCUUGUGACUCUGCGGCUCCUCAAAAGCCAAAGGAAGAAGGUGAUGAAGGGCAACAUAACCGAAGACUGUAUUACCUCUUCCAGACCAAGGCUGGUUGGGUAAGAACCCGAAGAUGGCCGGAUGAGGUUCCCUGAGGGCUGGUGGCAGACCUGGGAGACUGGCGGAGUUCAUGACUAUAAGAGAGAAGGGUGCUUCCGUGCCCUUCCAUGAAAACCCAGAAGUUAUUGCAAGUCAGGGUCGCAGGGCUGAAGUUGCAGCCUCUGGAGCCUCUGCUACCUGGGUUCGAAUCCUGCCCUGACCACUUGCCCGCUCUAUGACCCUUUGUUUUUCCACUUCUUCCUCUGCAAAAUGGGUGUUAUCCUCCAAAGUGAUGUAUACAGAUGAGAACCUUGUGGAUAAGCUCCCAUUCAUCUACUUCAUGAACUUCGCAUCUAGACCUAGCUCUAUAUUUCAGACAGGCUGGAAAGCAUCUAAGGAGGCCCUUCCCCAAUUUAACCAUUUCUGAUCAAACUGUUGUCUCCAAGCAGGGGAAGUAUAAUACAGAGUUGCCCUGAAUGCCUUUUUUUUCUCUCUUCAUUCUUUACUAUAGACAUUGAUAAGUAUGGAUGUGUCACUCGGGGCAGGUGUCAUUCUCCUGUGAUUGGAAUACUGGGAUGACCAGCUGUGUCCCAAGUCUGGAGGGAUACAGGGUUAGAACUGGAAGGGAAACCUAUCCACAUCCCCUUCUUAGGCAUCACCUUUGAGGCAAGGUGAACCUAAUAACGGAGGUACAGGGUCAGCUCUCCAAAUUAGAACAUCAUUAGCGUCUUGAAAAAGCAUUUACCGAAACCCCAUCCCAUAGCACGUUAAUCCAAUGGUCUUUUUUUUUUCUUUUUUUUUUUUCCCCCAAAGGUGGUUAUCUUCCCCUUUUAUCCGAACCCUGGCUAUCUGUUCUGUCCCCCACUCCCAAGCUCGGUGGAAAUCUUCCCAGAGUCUACUCUUUCUCUGGGAUUCCAAAUCGUGCCCCUUGGGCAGAGGUCUUGGCCUCUGUUGCUAUUUCUUUAAAUUGAUCUCUAGCCGAAUUCUGAAUGUAAAGGUCAGCAGGCGAGGAAAUGGCACUUCUAAUAGAAAACAAUGUGCACUUUCUAAAUUUGAACCAAGCCGUUUCCGCUCUUUGAUUUAAGUGACUUCCUGGGGUUCCGUGUCAGGCACUGCAGUUGAAUCUCUGGCCGGAUUCCAACUUAAAAUUGCACUCUCUCGGUGAAAUUAGAAACUGAUCCAGGGUUGGCUUAGCUAUUCUAGUAAAUAGCAUUUAGGCUGAAUGUUCAGCUCAGCACUUGGCAAUGGGUGAUGUGAGUGCCCCUCGGGAGGAUUUCCCAUCCAAGUUGUCAGAGGUGCACCUACCCAGGGGUUAUUAGCCACUAGAUGUUGCUGCUCUUAGAAGUAGUGGUAAUAAGUUAACGUCCUGGAUGUGCAGGCAUCAGAUACAGCUCUUCCUUCUCUUGUGAUUAUCUGAAAUAAAGGCUUUUGUUGAUCCAGCUGAUAAACUACAUGGGAGCAUACAGGGACUGUCUGUCAUGGUCACCACAUCGGCACUCAGCACAACGCUUGCUACUUAUUAGUCGUACUUAUUAGUGCUCAGGAAAUCUAAACUGUUGCUCUCUGGGAUGGUGAUAAAUUAGAGUAUGUGCUGUGUGUCAGGCAAAAUGCUAGGUCCUAGAUACGCAUUUUCUCAUUCAGUCCUCACAAGAACCCAUUUUACAAAUGAAAAUACUAAGGCAUAGAGGUUAAAGAACCUCAUUCACAGUAACACUGCUAGGCAGAGGUGAGAAUUUGAACUUGGAUCUGAUUCCGGAGCCUGUGUUUAUAACUGCUAAGCUGUAUCUGUCUUAAAUCAGGAGCAUGUUUCAUGGGGGUUUUAAGAAUGAACUCUGACGGCACAGGUUUGAGCCCUAGUUCUGCUACUGAUGGUUUUGUGUGACUGUGGACAAGUUACUUUGUUUGUUUGUUUGUUUUUUUUGCGGUACGCGGGCCUCUCACUGUUGUGGCCUCUCGGGCUGCGGAGCACAGGCUCCAGACGCGCAGGCCCAGUGGCCAUGGCUCACGGGACCAGCCGCUCCGCGGCAUGUGGGAUCUUCCCGGACCAGGGCACGAACCCAUGUCCCCUGCAUCGGCAGGCGGACUCUCAACCACUGCGCCACCAGGGAAGCCCCUGGACAAGUUACUUUGAACAUUAGUUUCCUGUAACUAGAAAAGGGAUAAUAAUAGUAGUUACAUUUUAGGUUUAUUGUGAAGAGUCAAUGACGUAAUAAAUAUGGUGCUUAGAAGAGUCCCUGGCACAUAGGCCCCUAGAAGCCUGUUUCUCUGCACAGCCCAGGACCUCUGGCCCCAUGGAGCCCCCGAUCCCACAGAGUGUCCCCUUGACUCCCAGCUCAGUCAUGGUCCAGCCCCUUCUGGACAGCCGUAUGGCCCACGGCCGGCUCCAGCACCCCCUCACCAUUCUCCCCAUCGACCAGAUGAAGACCAGCCACGUGGAGAACGACUACAUCGACAAUCCUGGCCUGGCACCCCCCACCGGCCCCAAGCGGACCCGGGGUGGAGCCCCAGAGCUGGCCCUGACACCCGCCCGCUGUGACCAGGACAUCACCCACCACUGGAUCUCCUUCAGCGGGCGCCCCAGCUCUGUGAGCAGCAGCAGCAGUACGUCCUCUGACCAGCGCCUCUUAGACCACAUGGCACCCCCGCCCGUGGCUGACCAGGCCUCCCCGAGGGCCGUGCGCAUCCAGCCCAAGGCCAUCCACUGCAAGCCACUGGACCUCAAGGGCCCGGCCGUCCCCCCAGAGCUGGACAAGCACUUCUUGCUGUGCGAGGCCUGCGGGAAGUGUAAGUGCAAGGAGUGCGCGUCCCCCCGGACGUUGCCCUCCUGCUGGGUCUGCAACCAGGAGUGCCUGUGCUCCGCCCAGACGCUGGUCAACUAUGGCACCUGCAUGUGCCUGGUGCAGGGCGUCUUCUACCACUGCACCAACGAGGACGAUGAGGGCUCCUGCGCCGACCACCCCUGCUCCUGCUCGCGCUCAAACUGCUGCGCCCGCUGGUCCUUCAUGGGCGCCCUGUCCCUGGUGCUGCCCUGCCUGCUCUGCUACCUGCCCGCCACCGGCUGCGUGAAGCUGGCCCAGCGCGGCUAUGACCGCCUGCGCCGCCCCGGAUGCCGCUGCAAGCACACGAACAGCGUCAUCUGCAAGGCAGCCGCCGGGGACGCCAAGGCCAGCAGACCCGACAAGCCUUUCUGACACCUCGGGUCAAGUCCCGGCGCUUCCCCCUGGAAACUUGGUUCCCUUCUCACACCUGAGAGGGGACCACCACAGCGAGGCCAGAGGUUUUAGCAUCCUCAGGCUGACCCUGCCAGUCUGCCCACACUCCCUACCCCCAGCUUCUGAAGAAACAGAGACCACAAUCACCCAUCCUUCUCUUCCCCAAAAGGAUGAAGAAGCACUUUGGGGGGUUUUUUUUGUCUUUUUUUUUUCAGGGUCCUGGAACUUUGUGUGAAACAGAUAGUGGCAGGGGCGUGGUGUGGUUUGGGGGCGAUUUUUAUUUUUCAGAAGAUGGAACACAGAUGUGGACACAUAUCCGGAAGUUGCAGCUGCUUGAAUGCCUUCCCAGCCCUCCUCCUCCCUCCCUCUCUCCCCGCUCUUUUGCAUUCUCUCUGGCUGCCUGGGGAGGAAUCGGUAACUGAGCGGCCAGGGGACCUUGGAAGAAGACCCUUGGAGUUUUGCCGUCUAUACCUUCUCCCAGCCUCUACCCCGGUUUGCCCCGACAUUUUGGGGAAGGUGUAGACCCUGGCGAUCCCUGUUGUAUAUACGUGGGAGCCCCCCCCCCCCCUUUCUCGCUCUGGCCGGAGCCACGGAUGGAUUUAGGAACCACUGCACAGUACCUUUUCUCCCUUCCAGCUUCCUCACUAACUCUUGGGGGUGUUCCACUCAUAACACCGUCCUUCGGCUCUUACUGGGUCACAGACUCACCCGCCCGCUACGUGUCCCAAGUUCUCUCUACUCAGAUCUUUUCCAGAAACUUUAUGGGUAGAGAAGGCCAGGGCGGCAAAUUCGAGACCAAAUAGCAUUUUGCCAAUGAGUCUGAGGCUGUGGUCUCUGGAUCCAGUCAUUAUGUUUUUAUAGAAUCAUUAAACCAGAUGCUAACGGUGUUUUAAGAAAUAAUAGUAAAACACUUGCUUCCUUUUGGGCCACCCCCAGGAAGGGCUGAUUUCAAAAUCUGGGGGGCGAGCAACCUCAAGGAACACAAUCCCCCUCCCCACCAAGAAGAGGAUUUUAGCAGCAAAUAAGAGAGGCAGCACCUCCCAUUGGCAGAGUGAGAGUUGAGGCGAGCUGGGGGCGGGUUUCUUCUCUCUUGAUUCUGCUGCUUGCUGUCAUAGCCUUUUGUGUACAGUGUCUGUAUCUUUAAUGUAAAUAGACAGAUGAUGAAAAAAGAGUCUAUUUUAGUGUUAGAAAGCCCUGGCGGGGGAGUCAGAAGAAUGCGGGUGGGGGAAAGAUUCUCCGGGGGCUUUUGGGAUUGAGCCCUGCUUCUGUGCGUGGCUACAUGAGCCCCUCCCAACAGCCCCCAAAGACGUAGCAACUCUUUCUCUCAAGGUGCUAAAGGACUCAGAAAGUGCAGCUCGUCCGGUGGGUAGGUACUUGUUGCAUGCAAAAGCUGUAGUGUGUCCGGUCCUUCCUCCCUAGCUAUUGUGCGGGGUUUUUGCUUAGUGUGGUAUUUUGUGCCUCCCUCUCUUUCCCCCCAUGAGAGGAAGUAGUCUGGGUCAGAAAAGCUACCCCAGGUGAUAUUGGAAGUGCACUAGGCACAGCGUUUGUAGCAUUUCCAGUUUGUUCUGUAGGAACAGAACAGCCUCCAGGAAGGAGGCAAGGAGGCAGGUAGCUGUGAUGGUCAUGCACCCAGUGCUUCUCAAGGACUUUUUUUUUUUCCUUCUUGAAGACUAGUAGUAACACCUUAUGUUUUAGAAUAAGUUAAUUGUAACCGUAGGUAUUUAUUGACUGGUGGAAAGGAGGGGAGGGUCUUAUUAUUUUAGGCUUUAUUUAUAUAACAUGCUGGCUUGUAAAAGGCAAAUAUGAAAUACUGCAUCUGCGUUUUCUAAGGCUGAUUCCUGUAGCUACCUUUGCCACAGUCGUGAUGGAUGUAUGGAUGUUCUUGCACAAAUCAGAGGGAAUGGUAGAAAAAACACAUUCAGCCAACCACUUAUCCUAAUUGAAUGUAUCAGAUGUGUACUGAAGGGACUGGAGAUGUUUUCCUCAGAACAGGUGUGCAGAGGUUACCCCUAAAAAGAGGGCACACGUCCUCUCUUGGUGAGACCUCAGAACUUUUCCCAAAGCCCCUCCCUCAAAUGUCUCCAUGGGAAACUUGACCCAGUGGCAAGUUGCACUUUGGUGAUCUUUGGAGUUCUACACGCCCAUUCUGUGGAGAAUUGAUUUACAUAAGCUGUGCAUACACACACACACACACACACACACACACACACACACAUACAUACAUACAUACAUACAUACAUACAUACAUAAAUACAUACAUACAUACAUUUACCCCUACUCCACCGUCUCUAUCUACAUAGACCCUGUUACCUGGCAAACAGCCUCCUGAACCCUGACUUUUUGUGUAUAUAGUUAUAAACAUGAAUUUUUCUGGGUUUUGGCUUUCUUUUUUCCCUUCCCCCUGUUUUGGCUUGUUCUUUUUGGUUUGCAUCUACCCUGCUAGAUGGAUGUCUGCAGAACUCUCUGUGUCCUGUGUGCUCAGCUUCGGUUCACCCAACUUUGUUGCAUAGCUGUCCCUCAGCAUGUUUUUCUUGGCAAAAAGAAAAAAUAAAACUGGCUUGCCCAUGGCCCCUGGGGGCCAGUCAAGGGCCACUGAGGGACCAAGCUUUCGGAAACACGACACAUUUCUGUGGCUGCUUCUGGCUGGUUGCGUGUCCUGUCACCAAUGGCUUGCUUGGCUGGAUUAUGUCUCGUGUUGACCUUUUUUUGAAAAGUGCCAGCUACUUCCCACUUCUGUUCGACCUGGGGUGGCUGGUGGUUCUGCCUGGAACUGGGGGUGGGAUCCAC